UUAUUUCUGUUUUUAGGCAAAACAUGAGUGCAGAGUGCAUUAGCAAUUUAUAGAUUGCAUGGCAAGUGCAUGGGGAGGUGAAGACCUCAGUCAUGGCUCCUGCACAGGGAGAUGGUGAUCAAAAUGAAAAGGCAGUGGCCAAUCCACUGUCUAAUAAAAUACAAAAGAUUCUGGGCAAGCAGCUGGAAGAUGACAAGGAAUUAUUGGAGGCACUGAAGGACGUCUCCUCCUUUGUCAAGGAGAACACGCUGCUGUCGCGCCGUAACCUGCGCGGCGCCAUCGAGCGCCGCUCUUUGGCCGUCAACUCGGAGUUCCUGGCGUCGUUCGGGCGCGUGCGCGACUCGCUGGCGGCCGUGCACGCCGACGUCUCUGGCAUGGCCGCUGACUGCGGACGGCUGGCUGCCCGGCUGGCCGCCACCCGGCGCCAGGCGCGCAGCCUGCUGGACGAGACGGCCCAGCUGCGCGCCGAGGCCACGCGGCUCGGCGGCCAGCGCCGGCUGCUCUCGGCCUUCACGGCCGCCUUCCAGCUGACGCCGGCCGAGCUGGCGGCUCUGCGCGCGCCAGAGGUAACGCCGGCCUUCUUCCCGGCCCUGGAGCGGGCGGCACGCAUCCACGGCGACGUGCAGCUGCUGCUGCAGUCGGGCCACCAGCAGACGGCGCUCGAGGUCAUGGAACAGAUGUCCAUCUACCAGGAGGGCGCUUACGAGCGUCUGUACAAGUGGGCACAGUCCUGUGUCCGCUCCUCCGACGCUGACAGCAACAUAUGCCUCGCCAAGGCGAUGGCCUGCCUCCAAGACAGACCGGUUCUCUUCCAGUACGUCAUGGACGAAUACUGCGCCGUGCGUCGCCAGCUCCUGGUGCGGGCCUUCAUCGACGCCCUGACGGCAGGCGGGCGCGGCGGCACCCCGCGGCCCAUCGAACUACACGCCCAUGAUCCGCUCCGUUACGUGGGCGACAUGCUGGCCUGGCUGCACCAGGCGACACCCUCCGAGCGCGAGGCUCUCCAGUCUCUACUGCGUGACUGUCGUCCGGCCGAGACACCGACACGCAUUGAUACGGCCCUGGCGUCCGUGUGUGAGGCGGUGUGCCGACCGCUGCGCGCGCGCCUGGAACAGGUGCUGCUGGGCUCACCUGGCGCCGUGGUGCUGCACAAAGUCAGCGGACUGAUUCAGUUCUACCGCUCCACUAUCGGUCAGGUGGUACCCGACGGCCCGCUGCCGGCCACGCUCGACGAAUUGCAGGCGCUUAGCCAGCGGGCCGCGCUGCAGGCACUCCAGGCGCAGGCGGCGCGCCUCUGUGAGCGGGUGACUCCUCCAGCCGCCGACUUAGCUCCCGCGCCAGCCGUGCUCAGUGCACUGUCACUACUGCGUGAGGCACUGGAUGGAGGCGGUGUGGUGGAGUCACGCCGCGCCCAGGUGGAGCAGACAGCCGCCUGUCUGCUGGAGCCGCUAAUGUCGGCCGUACUUGAGUCGGCGGCUGCCUUACCAGCGCGAGACUGCGCCGUCUACCUGCUCAACUGCCUGUACCGAUUGCACUCGACGCUGUCGCUGUACGAGUACAUGGAACCGCGGCUGGAGUCGCUGCAGGCGCAGCUGGACGCCCAGCUGGAGGCGCUGACGUCCGAACAGGCCAGCAGUGUGGUCCAGUCGCUGGGACUGACACACAUCUACGCUGGCCUGCAGUCGCCGCCGCCGGGUCCGCUCAGUCAGCAGCCGGGCCUGGGCGAGGCGGCCGUGGGUCAGUUUCUGCAGCGGCUGGACGUGUUCCUGGCCAGCCCGGACAUGCUGACGCUGCCGCAGCUGCGCCUGCUGGCCAGCUCGGCACACAGGCUGACCGUGCAGCGCCGAUCGGCGGAGGUGGUUGGCGUCAUCUACGAGAAACUCUACACGGCCGUUCACGAGCCGAGCAACGGCUACGCGGAUCCCGAUAAGCUGAUGCCCCGUACGCCGGACCAGCUCAAGGCGCUGUUGGUUGUGUAAGGGUGACGGCAAGUGCUGGGUGGUAUGUGAUGGACAAUGGCUACUGACAGUGCGCUGCUAAUAUCCAGCUGGUUUAUGUUCGGAUGUGCAGCAUUUAUUGUUUUACUGCAAUAUUGCAUGUCACAUGGGAGGUGGGUUUGGUGGAGUAUGAUUGACGUGGGUUGGCAUUGAAGGUCAAUUAUUUUUUAGAGGCCAUCCUGUGCGUCUGCCGUCUUUGAUUUUAAGUUUAAAGCAUUGUCACUAAGAUGUUGUUAUUUUGCUGUCGCCUACAAUAUAUUGCUGUUAUUCUA